ACAAACUUUGCUUCGGACAAAAUGUAUUUGUGAGUAGCCCGCUCUAACUUCAGCCUCGGAUGAAUCAGUAUUGUUUGUGAAAAUGUUUUCAAAUUCCACGAUGCCGGAAACUCGUGAAGAAGUUUGCUUGUUAAUGGACGAGUUACUUAUCCGUUCGCUGGAGCUGGUGGAGCAAGAGGUAAAGUUGAAAACAACCAUCGAGGCGAUAACAAACGAAGGUCGGCUAAAUCUAGCUCAAACGCGGUACCACAAAGGACCAAACUCGGUCUCGUCGGUGCAACUACCCACUGAAGAUUACAAAGAAUUCAACGCUCUGAACACGGUGACGGAAAGCAAGGAUGACGAAGGAAUCACAAAACUAAAGUUAGAACAGCAUCCAGUGGACAAGGACAAUGGAUAUAUUGAUCCUAUUAGGUGGUUUGGUGUUUUGAUUCCACCUACAUUACAGGAUGCGCGCAAAAAGUUUACCCGAUCGGUGGAAUUUGUAGUAGAAUGUGCGAAUGUACAGAUUGAGCUAAGAAGCAUACUAUUAAAGUUUGAAGAACUUAACAAAAUGAAAAAUAAUAUGUAA